GACAGGCGACCAGCAGUUUCAACCCGCUGCGAUUUGCAGUUUGCAAAACAGGAAGGGGAUAAUCGAGUUGCUUGGUGAGCCCUAUUACAUAAAAUUCGGAAGCUCAGGAAAAAAAACGAACGAUACACCAACUAAUUGUGCUUGAUUUGGCUGGCUGGCUGUGUAGCUGGUUUGCUAACUUUUAACCGGGAGUGACAAAUACUGAUAGAUAUAGGGCUUCCGAAAACAGCAGUGAAUUCGGUACUAUAACGAUGUCGCGGGUGACGCAUUUCGAUUAAAAAGCAACGCGUAGAAAAUAGAUCCGACCCACAUAGUAAUACAUGUACGAGGCGAUAGAAGAGUUAUAGAAGAGUACUACACAACCCUGGGCUGAUUCCUUUGUUUGCUACUGUGUAGUGUGGAAACCCAGUGAAAAGUGCUUCCUUUCGAGUAGUUUUAGUGAUUUGGAACAUCCAGAAACAUCCAGAAUGGUUACAAACGCAAGAUCAUCCGCCUGUUCCGCCGGACUUACCAAUAAUAAAAUGGCACCGAACGCAACCGUAGAAGCCACCGGGGUGCUGAACGAAGCCGAUGCCGACACCAUCGACGGAGGGCUAGCGAAAGACAUCGCACCCCUCAAGCGUGCCGAGAAGCGCAAAAUCAAACUGGUCUGGCGAAAUGUUAUUGCAUUCGGGUACCUCCAUCUGGCCGCCGUCUACGGACUGUGGCUACUGCUGACCUCGGCCCGCCUCUACACCAUUGCAUUCGCAUUCGUUCUUUACGUUGUUUCCGGAUUGGGUAUUACGGCCGGUGCUCAUCGUCUGUGGGCUCAUCGUUCGUACAAAGCCAAGCUGCCACUACGCAUCAUCUUGGGCAUCUUCAACACGAUCGCGUUCCAGGACUGUGCGAUGCACUGGGCCCGAGAUCACCGGGUGCAUCACAAAUACUCGGAAACGGAUGCCGACCCACACAACGCCACCCGUGGUUUCUUCUUCUCGCAUAUUGGCUGGCUGCUGUGCCGGAAGCACCCGGAAGUGAUUGCCAAGGGCAAACAACUGGACAUCUCCGACCUGCAGGCCGACCCCGUGCUCCGAUUCCAAAAGAAAUAUUACAUGAUCCUUAUGCCCCUGCUCUGUUUCCUCCUGCCGACCAUCACUCCCGUAUACCUGUGGAACGAAACCUGGACCAACGCGUGGUUCGUGGCAACCCUCUUCCGCUGGACCUUCAUUCUCAACGCCACCUGGUUGGUCAACAGUGCUGCCCACAAAUGGGGAGACCGACCAUACGAUAGAACCAUCAACCCCUCAGAGAACAAAACGGUGGCCACGUUCGCCUUCGGCGAAGGAUGGCACAACUACCACCACGUUUUCCCCUGGGACUACAAGACGGCAGAACUGGGCAACUAUCGGCUCAACUUCACGACUGCGUUUAUCGAUUUCUUCUCCAUGAUUGGUUGGGCGUACGAUCUGAAGACGGUGUCGAACGAGAUCAUUGAGAAGCGAGUCAACCGCACCGGAGAUGGUUCCCACGCCACUUGGGGCUGGGGAGACAAGGACCAGCCCCAGGAGGAGAUCCUGCACGCCAAGAUCAUCAACCAGAAGGAUGAUUAGAUGGUUUUUACUUGUUGAGUUGUGCGGAUGUUAGCAGCAAAGGAUGAUGUUGUCCAGAGCUGCUGUGAGUGAACGAACUCGGUGCAGGCGAGGAGUGCAUGAGUGUGCGAAUCUUGAUAUGAACGAGAGCCGGAUGAUUCCUUUUAGGAUAUGUCUCUUAUAUUGUUUUAGAUAAAACACAAAACACAAGUGGAUUAUUCUGCAAAGUUUCAACAGAGCAGAGAAGCAAAGCGAUGGAAAAUUAUAGAGCAUCGUUUUAUUUUGCGUUCAAUUUUCUUACGUUUUGAGGAAGAAGUUGUAAGAUUACAAAUAACGGAAAAAGAUAAAAAUGGAAGCGCAGGGCAUUUGUGGCGUAGCCAAUAAAGAAAAAGAGCGGCCAAGAGAUAAGAAUCAACAAAACGAACUGAACCGAAUGGUAUAGAUAGUAAGUGGAGGAGAACUCAAACAGUUUGAUGAUUCUCCCGGGAUUGUUUUGUGCCCUUGAUAGGAUAAUCUUUUUCACUAAGGAUUUAAAACUUAUAACUUAUACAUCAUGAAGGAACAAUGAAUUAGGUAGAUGGAGAAUGUGAGUAGAAUCCAAAAUUUAUUCAAUGUCAAAAAUCUACCACAAAUUGGAAAAAACACUAUCGAUGUUUGAAAAAGAAUACCUACGUGCAUGUGAUUCUACAAACUUUUUCUAAACCCUAGCAUUCUGUAUGAAGUCAGACCUAGAGUUGAAAAACAACCUUAUACUCUUAAUGCAAAUGUACCUUCCUCAAAGGGGUACACUAAAGCAAACUUUUUAAUCGAUAAUAAUUUAAUUAAUUCAAAGCGUGCAGGCUGUCAAGUAGAAUUGUGUUGGUUUUCCAUGGGUUGAUGUUAAGAUUCAUCUUAGAUUUGAUCAUCAGUACUUUGAAGAGUGGAAAAAAUACAAAUAUUCUCCAUAAAAAAAAAUCAUCCCACUUUGGUUUGACUACUGCGUAGAUCGGAUGGAGGAGAAACCAAGACGAAAAAAAACUGCAAAUCAUACAAAAAAAAGCUAGAUUUAGUUGGUAUAAUUUAUUGUUUUAGCAGGAGAGAAGAUUGAAGAUACAAAAAAGCAGCUGUGAGUUUAGAAGAAACCAAUGAGGAGAGAAAAGAAAAAAAAACAAACACUCAGGAAGUGUUUUCACCUUUAAAGGAGAAUAAUUCUUACAAAGUAAGCAGAAGCAAACCAAGAAUCAAAUAAUGAAAAACUGUCAAAAUCUUAA